CUCGUGACUGUCCCAUUUUUGAGCUCAUAGAGCAUGCUAGUAAUCGCCGGUCAAGUCGUGCUGCAACAGCGGAUAGCUGACAAACGAAACAAAAACAAAAUCCGCCAAGAUGGCAGAGACCAACAAAUCCUACGACUUCAUAGUCGUCGGCGCCGGCCCGGCCGGAUGUACCAUUGCUGCUCGCCUGGCAGACAGCAACGCCCAGCCCUCCGUGCUCCUUGUUGAGGCAGGGGCCGAGGAUGGGACCGAUAUGACCAGACGCAUGUCAUCCAAUCGCUUUCUUCAGCGCUACGAUGAGUCGCAGACCUGGGGCUACGAGAGCGCACCUACAGAGAGCCUAGGUGACCGUGGCAUCCCGCUCGACCGAGGCAAGGGUCUCGGCGGAAGUACUGCCGUCAACUUUAGCUGCUGGACGCGAGGGCCCAGAGACGACAUGGACGAGGUGGCGCGCCUGACCGGAGACAGCAGCUGGGAGUGGGAGAGGGCGGUUGAACGCUUCAAAAGCAUCGAGGCGUUUCAUGGCGAUCUGGAAGAGAUGCCCAAGGGAGCCGAGAAUUAUAUCCAACCGGCCCAAAACACAUCUUAUGGAACGGAUGGUCCGAUAAAUAUUUCGUUUCCCGAGAAAUGGGACCCCGAGGUGACUGAAAUGAUAGAUAUAUGGAAGGAGAACGGGUACGAGCUGAACAAGGACCUCUCAGACGGAAGCAUGUUGGGCCUUUCCAUCACUCCAUCAACCGAAUAUAGGGGCGUGCGGGUCACCGCAGCAGAUGUCCUCUUCCCAAGACCCUCAAAUCUGACUAUCAUGACAGAGGCUCCGGUGCACCGGGUGCUUUUCAACGAAGAAAAGAAGGCCAUUGGAGUCCAGCUCAUCGACGGUCGGCAACUGAACGUAUCGAAAGAAGUCAUCAUCUCCGCUGGAUCGCUGGAAUCACCCAAAAUACUCAUGCACAGCGGCAUCGGACCCGAGGAUCAGCUCACCAAGUUUGAAAUUCCGGUCUUGCAAAACCUACCAGGUGUCGGUGCGAAUUAUGCCGACCACUACCAUGCCGUCUUUGUAUGGAAACGCAAAGACCACACCUCACUCAGGCCCGACUUCUUCUCUGAUCCCAAGCGGAUCGAGAAGGCCAAGCGCGACUGGGAACUAUACCGCACCGGCGAAUACGUGACACUGGGCACGCAGCUGAGCACUGGCUUCUUCAAGAGUGAGUCGACGCUCAAGAGCGCCGAGUUCCAGCAACUGCCGGAAAAGGAGAAACAACGGAUGCAGAAGCCGACUAUCCCAACGUAUGAGAUCGUCUGGAACGUGACGGCGCCCAUGUACCACGAGACGACCAAGAAGCUGCCGGCACUGGCGGUGGCGCUGAUGAUACUGCUCAACAGCCAGGGUCGUGGCGCCUUUACCUUACAGAGCGCGGACCCGGCCGUGCCGCUCAGGUUCGCGCCCGACUUUUUGCGGGCGCCGUACGACAGGCGCGCGGCGGUCGAGGCCACCCGGGAGCUGCUCAAGGUGGCAGAAAGCGAGGCGUUCCAGAGGGACAACGUCGAGGCCGUGUUUGUGCCCGCCAGCGACUCGGACGAGGACAUCUUGGCCUUUUGGCGGGACACCACGUCCAGCACUUGGCACAUGUGUGGGACCGUCAUGAUGGCCACCAAGGCGGAUGGUGAGGCCGAAGGAGGUGAUCCGGGCUGUGUUGAUACCGGUUUCCGUGUGCAUGGCGUUGAGGGGUUGCGGGUCGCUGAUAUGAGCAUCAUGCCGAUCCUGCCGAGUGCACACACGCAAUCGACGGCAUACCAGAUUGGCAUGAUUGCGGCCGAGAAGCUCAUUGAAGAGCAUGGUCUGUCCGUAGCACGUAGUAGGUUGUGAAGCGUAAGCUGAAUACGGUAUAUGGAGACAGGUACGAGGAUAGUGUUACGUAAAGUAGAAGCGGAGCAUAGAUCAAUCUUUCUAUAUCACGUGAUCAAUUUAGAGCCUUCAAAUUUACUCGAUCCACG